UCUGGCGCUGGAUUGCCGAAAGCCGGGCAUGCCUGUAUAUGGACAUAGCUGACGCGGCGCUCGGCAAACUCCUGCUGAUCUCCACGUCCACCGUCUUCUGCUUGUUCGUGCUCUGGCUCAACACUCACCCCUUCCUGGAUAAAGAUCUGUACAUCAGCAGCGUACUCCCGGACCCGCAGUGGUGCUUGCUCGCGUGCGCCGUCUGGGGCUUGUGCUUCAUCGGCGGCCUCAUGGCCUUCACUCUCUACCACGUGUACCCCUAUCUGUGACUGCGGCCUCCGACACCAUGGCCAAGUUCAAUAAGGACGAGUGGAUCGUCAUUGGAAUAUCCGGGGUCACAUGCGGCGGCAAGACAACCCUAGCUAACAGAAUAAAAGAGGCAGUAGUUCCAGUCUACGUUUUCCACCAAGACAAAUACUUCUACCCUGAUGACAGUCCAAAACACAUAAAAUGCCCUAGCAUGGACCAUAAUAACUACGAUAUCCUAUCUGCAUUGGACAUGGAGAAGAUGUUUCAGGAUAUAAUAGAUACAUUAAACGGAAGGGAUAAGAGUCAUGCGAAUAAUUUGGCAAGAACUGCGGGGAAGAAAGAGAUAAAAGGCAAGAAGUUUCUGAUCGCGGAAGGAUUUACAGCGUUGAAUUAUAAGCCUAUAAUGGAUAUUUGUAAUUUGAGGGGUGAUCAUCAGUGCGGUGUCCGGCGCAGGUACUACUUGGUCCUGGAGUACGAGGCGUGCGCGUCGCGGCGCGUGUUCCGGCUGUACGACCCGCCCGACGCGCCCGGGUACUUCGAGCGCUGCGUGUGGCCCGAACAUCUCAAGUACAGAGCCGAGAUAGAGAAAGACCGACGAGUGACUCUUUUAGACGGCACCAUUCCGGACGUGUUUACUCACGUUCUCAAUGACGUGAUAUCUUUAGGCGCAGUUGAUGUAGCGGACUAACUUUUGUUUUAGGCAGGUUUAAAUAAAAUGUAUUAUGGCGGCUGUCAUACAAAGGCUCUUGUAUUUCGAUUAUAUACUUUAAAAAAUAUUGUUAUUAACCUAUCACUUCCCGCGCGGCCCGAUCUUACGUUAUAGUUGUUCAAUUGUUUUUAUUAUCUCCAGGAUCGAAGGGCUAAAUCAUAUUGUUAUUAAUGAUGUAUAGUUAUUAAUAGUACAAAUACAGAAUCUUAGCUUUGUAGAACAAAAAAUGUAUGUAAGACUUUUGAGUCACGAAUAUAUAUUACGAAUUUAAUUAUAUUCUACUUGCCUAUGAUUUUAUUUACACCAAAUUUUUAUUGUAGGUUUAAAAUGAAUUAUGAAGUUCUUACACCUACACUAAGAUCUGAAAGUCCUUAAAAAUGGUAUAAAGAAGAAGUUAGCUUUUUAAAUUAAUUGAAGUCUUCAUACAUUUGUAUGGAGUCGUGUGAGUGAUUGAUAUGAAUUGUGAGUUGUACAAUGGAACGGCUUAUUUUGCGUUUGUAUGAAUUUUUGUAGAAGUCUGUGGCGUAGUUGUAAGCAUUGUUAAAUGAACUAAAUAAAUUAUGAUUAUUACAGUAAA